AUGAGCUCGCUGUUGAAAUGCCGAUGUUUGUCCAGGGCCGCUCAAGGGUUCAUUGAGAGAACCGCGCUCACUGUGCGCAAUGGCGUUCGUCUCCUUUCUCUAAAUUCGGCGAUCUCCAAUGGAAUCCGCAGGGGCCGCUAUGUCGAUUCCUCACCUGAAGACAGGACUUGGUCCCGGUCCAAACCAGUGCCGCAGCAAGGGGAACGGAGAAGAAAGCCCCAACGGCGGGAAUCACGGGGAAAUUCUACACGGGGACGGGGGAGCUAUGAUUUGAGGCUCCAGGCCUCGCAGAAGAGGAGUCCCAAGAAGGGGCCCAACGGGACGGACGAGGAUGUGCUCAACAAGCAGGUAUCAUUAUUCACCAAGGUUUCACGCGUCCCUCCUCCAGCUAUCCCGUAUAUGUCUGCUGUCUCCGAGUUUAUAUACGGCUUUCAUCCAGUUAGGUCAGCUAUACGCGCUGGCCGGCGCAAGAUCUAUGCCUUGUACCUCUGCGAAAGGCCUACGAAUCAACUCUCCGGUUCCGGACUCAACAGCCUACAAAAACUGGCAGUUACAGCAGGCGCUAAAGUGAAGAUUGUUUCUUCUGAAUGGUCGCAAGCCCUCUCCCGGGUCUGCAAGGAGGUAAAUCAUCAAGGAAUUGUUGCGGAAGUGUCUCCACUGCCAAAACUCCCUGCACUAAGUUAUGAGCAGGUGGCUUCAUUGCCAGUGACAAAUUUUAAUGUCAAGGUAGCACCGCAGUCAAAAGAAGAGGCCGCGGUCAAUGGCACAAGCGGUCUCAUUCCGCUUACUUCAUUACGGCAAGACUCCUACGACGAUCAUCGUACCCAACAUAACCCACGAUACCCUUUCACUCUUCUCCUUGAUGGAAUUGUGGAUCCGCACAAUCUAGGUGCCAUUCUUAGAAGUGCGUACUACUUCGGUGCUGACGCUGUCGCAUUCUCCUCGCGUAACUCAGCCCCAUUAUCCCCCGUGGUUAUGAAAUCCUCCUCCGGUGCCGCCGAACACAUACCUCUAAUCUCCAUUCACGAUACCGUUUCCUUUAUAGAUGCCUCGCGCCGCAAUGGCUGGCGUUUCUUCGCUGCCGAACCUCCCGCAUCCGUAGCGCCCGACAGCAAGAAUAAAAAUAUCGUUUCAUCCAAAAAUUUACCAAACGAACUCCAAAACUAUCCAUGUGUCCUAAUGCUCGGGAACGAGGGAGAUGGUCUAUCCAAAGAGCUGAAGUCUAAAGCCGAUGCAUCCGUGGUGGUUGAUUGUCCACGAAAACAUAUUGUGGAUGAGGUGGAUAGUUUAAAUGUUGCCGUUGCUUCUGGGAUCCUAUGCGAAGCAUUCAUGCGCGGAUCAGGCGUACGCAGUCGAGCAAAUGCGACAAGUUCUUUUCUCCCGAUUCCUGGACCAGUGAGACAAGAUUCCUGUAUCCAAGAGGAAGCAAACGAUGUCAAAUUUACACCGCGGGAGAAAAAGGAUGCCGAUAAGGAACGUAUCUUUUGA